AUGCAGCUCCUAUCCCUUUUUACCUCGAUGGCUCUAGUGUCUGCGGUGGUCUCGUCUCCGACAGCAGACUUCAAAUCACUGGUGGCCCGCGCAGAUGAUCGGGGCAACGAAACCAUUGCUGGACUCGGAGAGCGUAAGCAAGCGGUCUUGGAUGCUGGUGGCAACACUCGUGACAUGGCUAUCGCGAUGCUGGAGACUACCACCAUGACUACUGACUACACAUAUGGUGACGGGAAGACAGGCGACGGCACAAACUUCGGCGUGUUCAAACAGAAUUGGUUCAUGUUGAGACAUUCCGCGUCUGCUUUUCUAGGUCAGACCACAAGCGAUGUGAAGAACGGUGCUGUUCUCAAUUCGGAUCUGGCAAUGGACAUCCAAGCUCGUCAUGAUGGCGAGGAGCAUUAUGGGUAUGAAACUUGGUUCAGUGGCCACCGCAACGGGGAAACGGGUGUCAGUAACCCGGGCACGGCGGACAUCACCGCGUACAUCGAUGCCGUAGCAUGGAUUCAAGCGCAGAUUGAGAGUGAUGAAAAAUACCAGAGCGACGAUACUCGGUUCUGGGUUGAUGUCGUGGCCAUUUGA